AAUCCUCGUACGUACAAUGGCCUCCUCAAAGUCUUCUCCAGUCAUCAAAUGCUCCUUUACAUUGAUUUUCUGCAUUGCUAUUGUUCUUCUAAACUCAGGGAAUGCUGGUGCAGAAAUCCCUCAAUGUGGGUCCCUGCUGUACCAGGGGCUAUGCUCAGAGUUCCCUGACUGCAAUCAGCAUUGCCUCUCCGUUGGUUCGCCAUGUGGUGGACUAUGUCAAGCACCCGGCAAAGGGUCCCCUAAUGCUUGUCUUUGCAAGUUCUGAAAGGGAUUAAUGAGACCAAAUGUUUAUUGUCUCAGGGGUUUCCUUUGUUUCAAACUCUGAUAUUAUUCAUAUAUAUAUAGUAAAUAAAUUAGAUAAGAAUAUUAUUUCGCCUGUAGAUUGAUACAGCAGGCAAGGAAAA